CUUUGUCUUUAAGGAUGUAAGCCAGUCACCAGCUUGUUCAUAUUUGUAGCCUUGAAAAAUAAAACUGUCUUUUUUUUUUCUUUCUUUCUUUUGUGCGUGUACCUUGUCAUAUGUCUAUCCUUCGUUCUAUUGCUACACGCACUAUGCGCAACAGUGUUUGCUUGCAUAGACGUGCUUAUACGACUACCAGUACAGUACAAGAUCCCCGAGUUGAAUUACUCGAAGCUACUUUACCUUUUGUCAAACAAUAUGGCUGGACUAUGGAGAGUAUGAUGCGAGGUGCUCGUAGUUUAGGUUACCCUUCUGUUGCCCAUGGUAUCUUUUCUGGUGGAGAAGCAGGUUUGAUUGAUGUCCAUUUGGCUGUCCAAAGAGAGACAUUUGUUGAUAUGAUAAAGGAAAAGGAAGAAAAGGGCGAACUGGAAGGAUUAAUGAUGAAUGAAAAGAUCAAGUUGCUUACCUGUAUGCGUUUGGAAUUAAACAAGCCUUAUAUUCGUCAAUGGCCUGAAGCACUUGCUAUUAUGGCACAUCCUGCUCAUGUCCCCAUGUCUCUUAAGCAUUUGGGUGAUAUUGUGGAUGAUAUUUGGUAUUAUGCAGGUGACAGAAGUCCUGAUUUUCACUGGUAUACCAAGCGUGCAUCUUUAGCUGCAGUCUAUAGUGCAACAGAUAUUUUCAUGACACAGGAUUUAAGUCCAAACUACAUUGAAACAGAACGCUUCUUGUCAAGAAAACUGGAUCAAGUAGAUUCAAUUGAAUCUUCUGCACGCCAAGUAAGUCACUUUAAGAAUAACACAAUCCAUUCAUUUUUUUUUAGUUAAGUACAAUGUUGGAAUUUGGUGCUAAAAGUAUGUUAAGCGCAUUGGCUAAUCGUGGAGGUCGAUUUUAAUAAAUUAUAUAUAUUAUAUACAAACAAA